AUGUACGACGUUGCAGUCAUCGGAGGAGGCCCAGUUGGCCUUUGUGCCGCCUACGAAGUGGCCAAAUCCGGCCAUUCGGUGGUGGUCCUGGAGAAGAACAACUUUUUUAAUCAGGCCGGCAGCUCCGGUGACCUCGCCCGUAUGUUCCGCACCAUGUAUACGGAAGACUUCAUGGCAGAUCUCGCGCACGAUGCACUCUCCCUCUGGGAUGAACUCGAACGAGAUGCAGGCGAAACGGGACUCCGGCUGAUGACGGGGCUGUUGAAUUUCGGAGAUCCCAAAUACGGAGCUGGGGGUCCUGAAGGAACCCUGACAGGACCGGUGCCUAAUUUGAAGCGGUUGGGCAUGGCGUAUAAGAAGUACACCAAAGCUGAUAUCGAACGGAAAUAUCCCUUCCGCAAUCUUCCCCAGAACUAUGAGGGCAUCUUUGCCCCGGAUAACGGGGUCAUUAACGUUCCUCUCCUCCUGCGCACUCUUUACCGUCUGGCUCAGGGAUACGGAGCUAAACUGCAGCAACACACGUUCGUGAAGCAACUGGAACCGUACGAGGACCACUGGAUUGUGCAGACACUCCAUCACGGAAAACAGGAGCAACAUCACGCACGCAAGAUCAUCAUAACGAGCGGUGCCUAUGUCAAUCAUAUCCUGCGGCCCAGUUUUGACAUCCAGCUGAAGUUGGAUAUUUGGGAGAUGGUGGCGAGUUAUUUUAGCGUCGAUGCCGGCCCGCGAGGGACCGUCUUCCCCAGUAUGUGGUUUCAAUUCCAGGGUGACAAUUCCCAGGGUCAAUCCCAACUCUUCUAUGGCUUUCCUGCUCUUCCCUGGGGCCCUCCCAAUAUCGCCCGGAUUGCCGUCGACGCAGCCACGCAUCGAAUUCAUGAUCCGGACGAGCGGCAUGCCAACGUCGUGAGUCCGGAGGACAUUACCAUUUCGCAGAAUUUCAUCCGGAACCAUGUCGAGGGCGUUGAUCCCACCGUACCGGCAUCUACCUUGACAUGUCUUCAGACUAAUGUGUUUGAUAAUAUGUUUGUCCUGGACUAUCUGCCUGAUAAAUAUCUCAAAGGCGGUCCUCCUAAGUCCGUCAUGGUCUUUACUGCCGGGUGGGCCAUGAAAUUCAUACCAUUGCUUGGAAGGGCACUCAAGGAGUUGGCGAUUGAUGGUCACUCAAAAUAUGCGGUUCGGGAGUUUUCAAUUGAACGAAAAGAUUCAGCGGGGGAAUCUAUGAUCGAAUCUGCCGGAAAGGCGCAUAGACCGGCUGGUGCAUCUGAAUGGAAAGCGCAGGGGUCGAGUAUGAGAAAAUAG